AUGACAGUUGAUGCCCAAAUGAAUUUAAAGGCUCAGGGAUUGGAACAUACAAUCAAAGAAAUUACCAUCCCAGGAAACGAAAAAGAUGCCCCUGCUCAAGUUAAAGUUCCUACUGAUCAAGAGAAAGCAAAAGCUAUAGUUCUCUUAAGACAUCAUUUACAUAACAGUUUAAAAACUGAGUAUUUAAUGGUGGAAAAUCCCAAAGAACUAUGGGAUAGCCUGAAAGGAAGUGAUUAUAAUUUAUCACUAUAUAAAAUCGUAUCAAUAUUGAGAUAUUGUGAUCAACCAGUCACUGAAGUGCAAAUGAUAGUGAAAACACUCUCUACAUUCCAUGCUAACAACAUUGUAUUGCAACAGCAAUACCGUGAAAGAGGCUUUGCAAAAUAUUCAGAGCUUAUUUCUACAUUAUUAGUUGCUGAAAAGAAUAAUGAUCUUCUGUUGAAGAAUCACAACCUAAGACCAACUGGGUCUCAAGCAUUCAAUGAAACAAAUGUUGUAGAAAGCUCAAAUCCACCUGAGACAAAUGUUGCUCAUAGAGGUGGACAUGGAAAAUAUAAUAACCGUGGCAGAGGUCAUGAAAAUUUCCGCGGACGUGGCCGUGGACGUGGUCAUGGCCGUGGUAGAGGCCAAUUUCCCCCUAGAAACAACACUCAAAGGGGGCAUCAACAAGGAAACAAAAAUCAAGCCACCACAAAAGGAAAAGACACUUGUUAUAGAUGUGGCAUGACUGGACAUUGGGGACGUACUUGUCGUACGACCAAACAUCUGGUAGAACUAUACUAG